AGUGAUACAUAUAACAAUUCCACCAGUACCAGUGCGUAGAUACGGAUUUAAGCAUACGAGAAAAAUCAAUACCGUUCCCGAAGUUCUACGGCUUCGCAAAUAUCGCAGACUGAAAAAAGCGAACAACUGCUGGUUAGUCUAUUCUAGACGGUCAACGUUCUAUGCCGGCUAAUUACUUUCGCUUUCUUAACCGCGUCUGUUUUUACCAAGAGUGGAAAGAUUUUUCUGUUGGACCAGGAUGUGGAGCACGUUUUGCAUUAUCUUGGCCCUGAUGGCACAUGUCCAUGCGGCUACAUUUAGGGUUACCUCUCAGGUGUGGAUGGAUAUAUCGAUUAACGGAAAGGAGGAAGGACGAGUCAUCAUCGGAAUGUUCGGCGAAGAGGCUCCCAAAACGGUGGAGAAUUUCAGGCAUAUUUGUGUACACGGGAUCGAUGGUAUCUCGUACAAUGGCAGUCGGUUCCAUCGAGUGAUUAACAAAUUCAUGAUUCAAGGGGGUGACAUAGUGUCCGGUGAUGGACAUGGAUCAGUCAGCAUUUACGGCAAGUACUUCGAGGACGAGAACCUGCACAUCAACCACAGCAGUUCGGGUUUCAUUGCGAUGGCCAACCGUGGCCCAAACACCAACGGAUGUCAGUUCUACAUCACUACUAUGCCGGCACCGUGGCUGAACGGGAAGCACACGAUCUUCGGUAAGGUUUUGGACGGCCAGGGAGUGGUGCACAAGGUGGAGCAGCAGAAAACCGACACCGACGACUACCCGGUGCCGACGAUCAUCAUAGAGGGCUGCGGUGACCAUCCGAUGGGAGAUUCAUUUACGGUUUCGGAUGAUCCGUAUGAUCUCUGGGCUUGGAUAAAAGCAGCAUAUGUACCUUUGGGAAUGAGUUUCUCCAUUUUGGCUUUCUUCCAAUACAUUAUAAGAAAAUUGGAUAUCUACACCUGAAAUAUGUAAUAGUUUGCGUAUAAAAUAAAAACAAAUACCUUCCGAUAAA